UCGCCCCCCACCCCCCUUCAAGCACCCUCAACUGGGUCCACCCACCAAACGGGUACUUCCUCUGACAUAUACACAGCUGUUCCAAGUAUGCGUGUUGAACCGCCUCCAGGAAAUAAAGCUCAGUCUCAGUCUGCUACAGGACCUCAGACGCGAAAGACUCUCUGAGCUGAUGCUGAUGAAAUGACAUCAUGUGGAGCUAGUGCUCUUCAACCAGGAGCUGUCAGAUGGAAGCAACCCACCAAAAAGAGCUUCUCAUUUCAGUACAGAGUGGAAAAAAGUCUCCCUCCCUGCAGCAGCAUGUUGAAGCCAUGGACGUGGACGUAGAGACGGCUUCCAGCAGGCAGGAAGAGGAAAUGUGUUUAAGGGAAGACAGCAGAUCUGUGUUAUAUAAAAAUAAAACUAUGAGUUCUUGUUUGUCUGAUACGCACAAUCCAUCUUCAGUCAACAAAGAAGCCGCCUGGGUGGAUAAAAACAGGGCUAAGCUCAUUCAGAAUGUGAGCUGUGUGAUGCCAAUAGCGGAGGAAAUGUUCCAGCAGGAAAUGAUCCAUAAAGAAGUGUAUGAGAAAAUAAAGGCUGCCGGGACUCCUAUGGACAAAAUGAGGGAGCUGUACAGCGCCCUCACAACUACUACAACAAAAAGUGCAUUCUACAAUAUUCUCCAUGAAAUGGAGCCAGCGGCAUGUCAAGGACAAGAUGUGAUAGAAGAAAUUAUGGAGAAGCACAAAGUUUGUCUGAGGAACAGGUUUGGAUACGAGUAUGAAGGCACUGAAAAAGAUUCUAAGAAGGCAACAUUAUUGGACAAGAUUUACACAGAGCUGCACAUCGUCCAGGGAGAGAGUAAAAGCGUCAAUACAGACCAUGAGAUCUGGGAGAUUCAAGACAAGACAAGACAUGAAACAGAUGUUGGUACAAAAAUCAACUGCAAUAACAUCUUUAAAAGUCCAGUGGAUGAAGACCUGUCCUCUGGAGGAAGCGUGAGGCCCAUCAGGACGGUGAUGACCAAAGGAAUCGCUGGCAUCGGAAAAACUGUGUCUGUAAAGAAGUUUAUCCUGGACUGGGCCAAAGGGGAAGCCAACCAGGAUGUGAAUUUCAUUGUCGUCUUGCCGUUCAGAGAGCUGAACCUGGUCACAGAUGAUCCGUUUAGCCUCGAGACCCUGGUGAAAGAAUUCCAUCCAGAGCUGAAGAACCUGGCCAUUGCAAAAACAUUUGCUGAUCACAAAGUCAUGUUCAUUUUCGAUGGACUCGAUGAAAGUCAGCUUCAACUGAAUUUCAAGAAAACCAAAAGAUUGACAGAUGCCACCAAAGUUGAAUCUGUAGACACGAUAGUGACCAACAUCAUCCGGGUGGAUAAGCUUUUACCUUCAGCGAUGGUCUGGAUAACGUCACGACCCGGAGCUGUUCAUCGUAUACCCCGUGAAUACGUCCAUCAGUGGACUGAGGUCAGAGGAUUUAACGAGACACAAAAGAUAGCGUACUUCAGGAAGAGGAUUGAAGAUAAGACAGUUGCUGAAAAGGUUAUUAGUCACAUUUUGACGUCACGGAGCCUGUUGAUUAUGUGUCACAUACCGAUCUUCUGUUGGAUCACAGCAAAGGUUCUUCAGCAUCUGCUGCCAAAGAUGAAUCAGCCUGGACAGAUACCGACCACUCUGACUGAGAUGUACACACAUUUCCUGUCUAUUCAGAUGCAGGUCGCCGACAAGUACAGCAGCCAGGAUGAGCCAGAUGUUGAGGAGAUGUUCAGUGCAAAUGAGGAAUUCAUCUUCAAACUAGGCAGGUUGGCGUUUGAACAGCUGGAAAAAAGCAAAAUCAUCUUCACUGCUAAUGAUGUGAAAAGUUAUGGUAUCGACAUAAACAAAGCUGCCGUGUGCAGUGGUCUGUGCACCGAGAUCCUGAAGGAGGAGGACUUGUUCAACCAGAAGAAGAAGCUGUACUGCUUUGUCCACCUGACAGUGCAGGAGUUCUUUGCUGCUCUCUUUGUGUACCGAAGCUUCGUGAGUAAGAAAAUCGUUUCACCAGCUCUGAAGGAUUUCAUGCUAAAAGGAUCCGAUGCAGAGCUCAAGGCUAUCUUGGAUGCAGAUCCUGUUGAUGAAACCUUGGACACACUGAUUGAAAUUGUGUUAGCUAAUUCCACCCAGAGGAAGUCGGGGGAGCUGGACAUGUUCCUCAGAUUCCUCGUUGGUUUGUCUCUGGAAUCAACACAAGAAUUGCUUCAAGGUUUGAUUGAGCAGACGGACGAUCACUCUGAGGUUGUUGAGAGCAUAAAGAUGAGUUUGCUGGAAUUAGAUUUACUGGACUGUUCUCCUGAAAGGUGUCUUAACCUGGUUCAUUGCCUGAUUGAGCUGAAGGACAGUUCCAUACAUGAUACAGUACAGCAGUACCUGACACAAAGUCACAGGCCAGAGCUCUCUCCUGUUCAGUGCUCGGCUUUGGCCGACUCCAUCCUGAUGUCAAACGAGCCUUUAGAUGAAUUCAACUUGAUGAAAUACAGAACAUCAGUCAAAGGUAUUUUUAGGCUGAUCCCAGCUGUGAGGAACUGCCGAAAAGCAAUACUCUCAGGGGUGGAUCUUAAUGUCUGGAUUUGUGAAGCAAUCUCCUCAGCUCUUCGGAUGCCAAACUCAAUGCUGACUGAGCUGCACUUGCUAAAUAAUGAUAUUUAUGAUAAAGGCACGACAAUCUUGAUUGACGGAAUAAAGAAAUGUUCGUGUAAACUACAAGCUCUCAGUCUUUCAGGUUCAGGACUCUCUCAAUCUAUAUGUGAGAAGUUGGCAUCAGCCGUCAAUGGUUUAAUUCCAAACAUAAGAGAACUGGAGCUGAGUGGUGACGUCCUCUUGGAGUCGCUGCACUCUGUGCUGUCUGUGGGACUUCGCCAGCCUAAACUAGAGAAACUAAGACUUAACCGCAAUACUAAGACUGGAAGAGUCUGUGAGGAGUUAAUGGCAGCCUUCACAUCUGGUCUGUGUAACCUACGAGAACUGGACCUGAGCUACAGCCUCCUUAGAGACUCAGAACUGGUCGACCUCGCUACUGGACUGAUGAGCAAAUCCUGUGUGCUGGAAGUUUUAAGUCUCAGUCACAACAGGCUCACAGAUAAAGGCUGUGAGACCUUGGCCUCAGUGCUCAGCUGUGAAACCUCCCACCUGAGAGAACUGGACCUUAGCUACAAUGACCUGCGCGAUUGUGGAGUGAUGACACUGUGUGAUCCACUGAAGAAGUGUGGUCUGAAAUGUCUCAGGCUUUCGUUCUGUAAAGUGACAGUGGAAGCGUGCGUCUCUUUGGCCUCAGCCCUGCGUUCAGGCGGCUGCAGCCUCACGCAGCUCGAGCUGAGUUUUAACCACCUCACUGAUCGAGGAGUCGAGCUGUUGAUGGAAAUACAGAAGGAUUCCAGCUGCAGCCUGGAGAUACUGAACACUGAGAACAAUGAAGACUGCUGGUUUGACCUGAAGCUUCUCAGAAAGUAUGCCUGCGAUCUGACGCUCGACUCCAACUCAGCAGGCGUCAAUGUGAUUCUGAGCAAAGGGAACAAAAUGGCAGCACACGUUUAUGAGGAGCAAGCGUAUCCUGAGCAUCCAGACAGGUUUGAAAGUUCCCAGGUCCUGUGUGAGGAAGGUCUGACCGGCCGCCACUACUGGGAGGCAGAGUGUGAGUCCGCGGAUGUUGGAGUUGCAUAUAGAAGCAUGUUGAGGAAGGGAGACAGCACCAGUGAUUUCACUCUGGGACACAACGACAAGUCUUGGUGCUGGAUCGCAGAGGGACACUUUAAACACAACAGCUGUCGUGUGGAUCUUGUGGAUUCUUCUACACACAGAAGCACCAUAGGAGUCUAUCUGGACUGGGGGGCAGGUGUUCUGUCCUUUUUUGAAGUGUUUGGUGAUGAACUGACCCUCAUUUACACCGUCAGUACAACUUUCACUGAACCACUGCACCCUGGCUUUAACCUGUACGGUGGAUCAGUUUGUCUCUGUGAAAUUAAGUAGGACAAGUGUGUACAGUACAUUAGUACAUUGUUUACACAUUAGUCUGGACCCGGCAUGACUGGACUGUGAUGUUAAAGGACACCCCCCCUCAUUCUAACUUCAGACAACGUGAGAAGACAACUAUGCAGAGGUCUGACAGACUCACUUCAUGCUGGACACUUUAGUUACUGUACUGUAAGCUGCUGUGUGCUGUGCCACAUCCUGUAUCACUAUGACUGCAUUUCAUUGAUAAGCCACUAGAUGGCGAUGCUGAACAUGGAAUAGCACCUUGAUUCAAACAUGUUGACCAUGUCCUGGAUUUCAAGGGGACAUUGUAGUCCCUGGAAAUGUCAGAGUUGUGUUUCUGCUACUUUUUGUGGAAAAAAGGCGUUUUUUUCACUAGGUUCUAUUAAUCUCAAUAUAAUACGUUCUGUUCUUUUUAUGUUUCUUUUUUUUUAAAUAAUGCAAAGGUCAGGUCAUGCUAGAGGUUGUGGGUGGGUUAAGGUUAACUAAACUGACAGAGGGAGAACAACAGGUGAAACCAAGCAGAAGUAAAUGAGGCAUCCGCCAAACCAGAAACUGACUUUAAAACAGAAAUCAAGCUGCCAACAUUGAUUCAACAGAUGAGACAGAAGCUGCUACUGGUCUUAGUGUCUCUGUCGUAUUUGUCAGUACAAUAAUUUAUGACUCUAUAACUGUCCAAUACUAAUAUGACUCUAAUCUAGCUGUCUAAUAUGACCUCAUAAUCACUGUCUGGACCGGGCAUAACUGUGAUGUUAAAGGACACUGUAUCAAAUACGA